ACGAGCUGCUGUAUUCCGAUCUUGUAUUGUCGUAAAGCUUCCAAAUCGACUUGAGUCUGCCAGCCAUCAUAAGUACGGGAGGUAACGCCUGGUUGAGCUUUGCGCUCCGGCGACAAUAAAAGAGCAAUCAUGACGAGGGGAAAUCAGCGUGAGCUUGCCCGUCAGAAGAAUGCUAAGAAGCAAAAUGAACAGACCAAAGGGAAGAGAAAUGAGGAUGGCCUCUCAGCAGCUGCCCGUAAGCAAAGAGAUGCUGAAAUCAUGCAGCAGAAGCAAAAAAAGGCAAAUGAGAAGGUGGAGCCUAAAAGCAAAUAACCAGUGGAAUUCGCUGUGACUGACAUGGCAUCCUGAUCUCUUUUUUUCUUUUGUCAAGAGCGAGUAUCUGUCAUUGUGUAGAUGUGGAGACUUUGAUUCUUUAAUGUUUCAUCCCAACCUCCAUAAUGUGCUUGAAAGGGCAUGUCAACAAUACAGUACAUAAUGAUUUGUUUUCAGCUAUGGAGGAGAGAAUUUCUUAUGUUCAAAUAAUCAGAGCAAUCCCAAAUAACGGGAGUCUCAAAAAUGUCUGAACUGGCAUUGUAAUCUUGUAUUUUUGUAUCAAGUGCCCUUCUUAAUAAAAUGUACAUUUUAAUUCACAUCUAGCAAUUAAACUGUUAUCCCUGUAA